CUCCAGGGCUGCAGGAGGUAAUGUCCUUUUAAAGCAACAGCGUUCUGCAAAAGCAGGAAUUCUUCUCUUAUGACUUCCGGUUGGGUGUGAUCUGGGUAUUUGUAUCUGGCGGCGUUUUCUGGAGUUUCAGAAAAUGUCGAAAUCGCUGAAGAAAAUAGUAGAAGAAUGCAAGGAAAAGAACCAGACAGACCUGGACUUGUGUGACAGGGGAAUCUCUAAUAUGCUGGAUAUUUCAGGACUGUUUACUCUUUCCAACAUAACCCAAUUGGUGCUGAGUCAUAACAAGUUAACAAGUGUUCCAGCAAACGUAGCUGACCUGAGGAAUCUGGAGGUGCUGAAUGUUUUCAACAAUCAGAUCGAAGACCUUCCGACACAAAUCAGCAGCCUACAGAAAUUGAAACAUCUUAACCUUGGCAUGAACAGAUUAAAUUCUCUGCCAAGAGGAUUUGGAUCUCUGCCAGCACUGGAGGUGCUUGAUUUGACGUACAACAAUUUGAAUGAAAAUUCCCUCCCUGGCAACUUCUUCUACCUCACCACCUUGCGUGCACUCUAUCUAAGUGACAACGAUUUUGAAAUCCUGCCGCCAGAAAUUGCGAAGCUCUCGAAGCUGCAGAUAAUCAGCCUCAGGGACAAUGACCUCGUAUCACUGCCAAAAGAGAUUGGGGACUUGUCUCAGUUGAAGGAGCUCCAUAUUCAAGGAAAUCGACUAACUGUGCUUCCCCCUGAAAUGGGUAAUUUAGACCUUACCGGCCCAAAACAAGUCUUCAAAGCGGAGAACAAUCCAUGGGUUACACCGAUUGCUGACCAAUUCCAACUCGGUGUAUCCCACGUCUUUGAAUAUAUUCGUUCUGAAACCUACAAGUACCUUUAUGGUAGACACAUGCAAGCAAAUCCCGAACCUCCAAAGAAGAACAAUGACAAGUCUAAGAAGAUAAGCCGGAAGCCUCUGGCUGCCAAAAACAAAUGAAUCGAUUGACUUGCGUCUUACUGAUGAACUCCACUUGCAUGUGCCUCAAUCUGUAUUUAUUACCUCAACUAUCUUAACAUCUUGUGUUCGGAACCAUAUAUAAUCUUUCACGUCAACUGUAGUUUUUGUAGCUUAAUAUCCUAAGCUGAUUGUAUUUGCCACUGAGUGUUAAUGUUCUUUACAUUAAUGUCACAAAACUUUUUUAAUCUGAGAACACACUUUGGGUAAAACAUACAAAUUAUGCCUUAUUCACAAAUGUUACACUGAAUAAGUUAUUUAUGCUAAGAGAAAUGGAAACCAUUUGUAUUUGGUGUGACAUGCGCUUUCAAAAUUACUCUUUAACAUAUGUAGCUUACUAAUUUUUACUGCUACUUUAAUUUUUAAAUAAAAUAUAUAUUUAUA